GGACCCAAAGGACCCCUUGGCUUAAGAAAAAGAUAUGAGUAAUUGGCUCUCAGAGGGACCUUUCGUUGUGUACACAAAGUCCAGUUCCCAUGUAUUCCAGACAUAUGCCGGCGAUAUACUAGACAGCCGUGAGUGCAAUACUACCGGUCCUUUAGAUCACAGCCUACUUCUCGUUGGAGAGGGUGUCGACAAUGGGACCGACUAUUGGUUCACCAGAAAUAAUUACGGUGAGGGUUGGGGUGAAAAGGGUUACAUACGUCUGGGUAAAGGCAAAAAUGUGUGCGGGAUCGGUUUGGGAUAUAUGACUGUUCGGUAA